CUUGGGUGCGUUUUUGUCGUGAAGGCGAGAACCGGCGGCACCGCUUCUACCGCAGGGCUCUGGGUCCAGCGGCGCUGCCCUGUGGCCGUAGCGCUCCCGCGAGGCAGGGGACGGCGGCGCGGUGCCGGUGAGCAAAGAGAGCAGGGUGCGCCCGCCUGCCUGCGCGGGCCGGCUCGCCACGGUGCCCUGUGAGAAGCGAGAGGGAGCGGGAGGCGGCGGCCGCGGGGAGGAGGGCGCUGCCAUCGUCCUGCUGCACGGCAAGGCCAGCUUGGCGAGCCUGGCCAUGGCUGCCAUCCGCAAGAAACUGGUGGUGGUGGGGGACGGUGCCUGUGGCAAGACUUGCCUCCUCAUCGUCUUCAGCAAGGACGAGUUCCCCGAGGUCUACGUGCCCACCGUCUUCGAGAACUACGUGGCGGACAUCGAGGUGGACGGCAAGCAGGUGGAGCUGGCCCUGUGGGACACGGCCGGCCAGGAGGACUACGACCGCCUGCGUCCCCUUUCCUACCCGGACACCGAUGUCAUCCUCAUGUGCUUCUCUGUGGACAGCCCGGACUCGCUGGAGAACAUCCCGGAGAAGUGGGUGCCCGAAGUCAAGCACUUCUGCCCCAACGUCCCCAUCAUCCUGGUGGCCAACAAGAAGGACCUGCGGAACGACGAGCACGUUCGGAACGAGCUGGCCCGCAUGAAGCAGGAGCCGGUGCGCACCGAGGACGGCCGGGCCAUGGCCAUUCGCAUCCAGGCCUACGACUACCUGGAGUGCUCGGCCAAGACCAAGGAGGGUGUCCGAGAGGUCUUCGAGACUGCCACCCGGGCAGCCCUGCAGAAGCGCUACGGCACCCAGAACGGCUGCAUCAACUGCUGCAAAGUGCUAUAGGGCGUGUCUGGAGCGCGGCGCUGGGCACAGCGCCUGGGUCACCUGUUGGCAGGUGGAGAGGAGCUGGGUUGUACACGCACACGGCAUCUGCCCGUCCCCUCCGCUAGGGACUGGCUGUG